GCAAUUCAUCAAGUUAUUCAAACACCAUUUUCACAUUCAAAGCUAAUCAAAGAUGGAAUCAAAAGGAGCGCCUACACCAACCCGAAUUUAUCAAGAUUUCGAACCUUCAAUGGAGUGGGUACCCGAAGAUGAUUCAGAUACCCUUCUCAUCUACCUUCCUGGUUUUGCUAAGGAACAAUUGAGGGUUCAACUUAGAGCAAGAAACUUGAUCAUUAGCGGCGAGCGAAAGCUCCACCAAAACACAUGGAGUCGAUUUAGUGUGCAGUUUCCAGUGUCUGGAAACUGUGACCUCAACAAAAUCAGUGCGAAAUUCGAAGGAAACAUUCUCUUUGUUAGGCAACCAAAAUUGAUCACUCCAGCGGCAAAACCUGAGGAAGCGAAGCCGAUCACUCCAGCGGCAAAACUCGAGGAAGCUAAGCCCGCUACACCUCCAAAGCCUGUGGAUGAACCAAAUGUAGAUCAAAACACAACCACUGAGGUCAAACCAACACCAACAUCAACGAUACAAUCAAACAUAGAGAACAAAGAAGUGGUGAAGGACAAAGAUCACCCGAAGACGGGAGUAGAAGAAAAAGGAGAAAAAAGUGAAGGGAAAGCUCGUGAAGAAGGCGUAUAUGAAAAUGAGUCAAAGAAGAAAACAAGCGAGUGGGAAGCUGAGAAAAAUGUACUGGAGACGUAUAAACGAACAGCUGGUGCGCUUGCUAGGAAGCUAAAAACAUCGGCUAAUGGUGUGAACACAAUUGCUAUUGUUGUGGUUGGGCUUGUGAUUGGCAUCUAUGUCUCAAAUUCAAUUAAAUCUUGGACCAAUGCAUAAAUGUGAUGCAGGACUAGGUGUAACUUGAUUCCAAUGUAUUAAGUAAUAAAAACUUAUUUGUCAAGUAUUUACAAUACCUCUUUAAUACA